CAAACCAUGACGGUUCAAAUAAAGGAUAAAAUAUCAGCCUUUCUGCUGGGAUCAGAAAAACAAAUGAUUAUUUCUUAAGGUUUCCAGUAUUAUAGUUUCACAAUCUCAACGGAAGUGUGAUUUGAUAUCUUAGUUCUCAGUCAAACCCCAUUUCUUUCAUUUUUGCCGUUAUGAUAUCAGCACUGAACUUGACCGCACACCCAAUUCUCAUGCAUGAUCACAUGUUCAGUUCCACAGAAUGAAUGCCAUAAAACCUGCAAGCAGGAAAGAGCAAAUCAGUACUGAACAACGUAAAAACAGGUGGAAGACUUCAAGGAGCUGCUGAUACUGUAAAUAGAGUAGAUAUUUGCUUUCUAGAAACUCUAACUUAAUUAUAUCCGGUUCGGAGAGUCAAAGUGCAGUUAGUGAGGGAUUAACCAGUUCGAGUUUUCAGAAUGGACGCACUGACCGCGAUUCUUCUCCUCUGCUUGGCUGUUGUAAUUUAUAUAGUUUGUUCUCUGUACCUGCUACGAAAUCCAUGUAUCCUUCAUAAGAAGAAACAGCUGGGAUUCUACUGCAGACACAUUUCACACAGAGGAGGGUCUGGAGAGAAGAUAGAAAACACAAUGGAAGCAUUUACACAUGCUGUCACUGUGGGCACUGAGAUGUUGGAGAUGGACGUUCACCUCACACUGGAUGGCUGUGUUGUGGUUUCACAUGAUAAUAACCUUUUGAGAGAAACUGGAUAUGACAAAACAAUAUCGUCUCUUAGAUUCGAGGAUUUACCUCUCUAUGAAGAGCGACUCGAGGUCACAUUUUAUGUUGGACACUACAGUACAGGGAAGGACAGGAAGUUUGUGUUGCUGGAAGAUGCCUUCAAGAAAUUUCCCAACAUGCCAAUGAUGAUUGAGAUCAAAGAAAACAACGACUUGCUCAUUAAAAAGGUCUCUGGUCUUGUGAAACAAUAUCACAGAGAAAGUAUUACGGUUUGGGCUUCUGAAGAGCCUGAAGUUAUGGCUAAAUGUCAGAAGCAGAACCCAUCCAUACCCUAUAUGUUCACUAUGAGGCGUGGAAUACUGCUUUUAUUGCUCUUCUAUACUGGGCUACUUCCCUUUUUCCCUCUGGGUGAAAGUAUGCUGCUGUUCUACCUGCCCAGGAUUAUCAACAGGACUUAUAUUCCAGAGGAAUCCUAUCUGAAGAACAGAUUUGUUGUGUGUCUUCUUCAGAAGCUCUUCAUGCGAAAAUCAUUGUUUGAACACUUGGCCAAGAGGGGCUUGCAGGUGCAGCUGUUUGUGUGCAAUGAAGAGAAAGAUAUGGAAGCUGCAUUUGCAUUCGGAGCUACGGGCGUUAUGAGCGACUAUCCGACCCUCCUGUCAGACUACCUGAAAAAACACCCUCAACCUCCACCUCCAGCUCCUGCUAUUUAUUAGCUCAAAGGGCCUGAUAAACAUUGCCUUUGAAUAAGAAUUUUAUUCAUCUUUUUCCUACACAUAAAGCUUUGCAGGAAUUAUGGGAGUAAAACACUUUCUGUCAUUUCAACAGAUAAGAAAUUGUAUUUACGUUCUAUAGAAACAUUUCAGUAAACACUGCUGAUAGGGAUUAGCAGUGAAAAAUUAUUUUAAAGGGGCCAUGUAAAAACAAACUUUGAAAAGUUUUGAGAAAGAGUGAGAUUUUUUAGUUCAUUCCAGUGAAUUAAAAUUGCAUUUUACAGGCAAAACUUAUAAUGCAAUGCAAUAUAGUGAUGAUUGUGAGAUUUACACAUCAACAGUCCUAAAAAGCCUAAUGUAUCAUAUUUGAUACUCACAUUUUAAUGAUU